AUGGCCGCCAGCUACCCACGCCGAGCAAAACCUCCAGCUUUAUCAUCAUACCAAUAUGACGGAAGGUCUCUAGAAACGUCUUCAACCAUUCGAGUCCGGAAACGCUCGCGAGAUGCCAUUCCCCAGGGAGCUGUGGCUUCGCGCGUCAAGCUUUUACAGAGUUUUAACAAACCACGGCCAACGAGAUCUUUUACCCCUGCUCCCAAACGCACUCGAGAAGACUCCCGCUCCGGUUUUGGUCGUCGCAUAAGCCGCCGGUUUGGAAAUCCUGCUAUUCAGAGUGCCCAACCUGAUGAGACGCCUCGAGUUGAGAGUAGACAUUCAUUUCUCGGACUCAACCCAGUCCGAACUAAUCAUGAAGAAGAGCAUGCCUUGACCGACCAGACUGUACAGUACAGUCGAUCCCCUGGUAUAAAUGGACAGAUUGGUCAGGAGUUAGAUGCAAGGAGACAGUACGACGCUGUAUCUCCAUGGGGUGUGCUCUCGAGGACCAGAUCAGUUCGGGGCGUCAAUCAUCGCGGCUACAGUACAGACCUUGAUGCUUUGAAAGAAAAUAACUCUUCAGGACAUUAUAGACCGCUGAGGAUACAAUCUUCGAGGAUGCCUGGCACUACCAAGAAGGAUACUGCUAGCAUACACAGUCACAAAAUUGACCCACGCCGACCAAAGUUCAUUGACUCGGAAGCUUCUAUCGCGACAACCUCUACAAUUCGCCGGCAGAAUGUACGAGAUCUCUUUGAUGACUAUGGAAUUCAGAGGCCAGCUGGACUUACCUCUAGAGAGGUGUCGCAGGAUGUGGGUGAGCUGAGAAACGGUUCUAGUACCCGGACAUUUUGUCAUGUGUGCUCAUGGAGUAACAGCCGUACAUCAGUCAAAUGCAUGAGAUGUAGCCAUCAAUUUUGCAUUCACUGCACAGAACACCCCUCCCAUUUGCCUACUACUCAGGAAGAAGAUACUUUAGAUCAUGUCGAGGUAUUCACCAAGCACCGACAGGGAAUCCGCAAUUCAAUGCCAAAGCCCACAGAGAAUCUAAUUGAGCAUGACCCAAUUAAGCGAUAUCAGGCAAGGCCAGAUCCUACUCCACUGCAGUCAAGAAAGGGAACCCGGAAGCCCUCAAGUCCACCCAUCAGGUUUCCCGAUUUCUACGAUUUCACAAAUCCACAGAGAUCACCGAGGAAGAUGCCCCAAUUGCAAGAUAGUUGCCAAGAACCAGUGCCGAUACAAGAACUAUCUGGGCGCAGGACCACAACCAGUGUGAAGGAUUCUCCUUUCUUGAUUGCUGAUCUGAAAUCACCAAAGCAGUCGCUUAAAUUGUUUCCUUCUGUGAGACGAGGAGAGGCAUAUCAUACAGCACACAAUCACCACAAGUACCAUGGGAAGCACGAUUGGCUUGCCAAAUAUGUAUCCACGGUACAAUCGGAAAGUCUUGGUUGUGACGUCUCUAUCUGUCGUGCAACACAUCACGGUCAUCCGUCAUUUCGCCAUGCGUCUGACUGUCCGAGAAAGAAGCCGAAGCAGCGCGUUCCUGAAGACACCGAAAAUGGUUACAUUGCAGAUACGAGCCGGGUCGAUGAUGCAGUCUAUGUCCAAUCUAGAUGCAAUUCUUCGUUGUCGAGGCCUGAUCCUCGUCUGGUACAACAGUCGGGUCCGGGGUAUUCUCAUCUUACUAGCUCAUCUGGACCAGACUCGUGCGAUUCUCCAGUUAUGAAAACUGAUUAUUCGACCCACGAUAUUCCAGAAUACGUCGAAUGUCGUGGAUAUCCUCGUACAGGCCACGCGCGGCAUGGUAGUCCUGUCAGUUCGGGAGUUGUUGGUGAAUGUCAACAUUGUCUUGACGAUUGCCAGUGUGCAGCAUGCCAAAAUACUCAUCACAGUGUGAGAUGCUGCGUGCAUACAGAUCAUCAAACAAUCGUACAUCACCAUCACACGCCCAGGAAGGUGGUCACAAUCGAAUGGUCUGAGGAGCACUUUCCGACCAACGUUAGAAACGUUCAGUCGCAGACUCAUGUUCCACCAGUUCAACAUCACUCGUUGGAGCUCCAGCGCGAUGUAGAAACACAUGCCAAAGAGCACGAUACAUCUCAAAAGCCAGCCUACACCGGUGAGAUAGCCAGACCAGCUAAUUCUACGUCUCCAAUGUCAAAAGCCCCCGAAGAGAUUGUAACAAGUACCAAGAACGUCAAAGAGACGGGAUCGACUGGAGUUGAACAGAAUGAGAAAAAAUUCCAAGAUGUUAACAGACGAUCAAAAGAAGAUACCCUCAAUUUCCGAAGUACCCCUCAGGAACAUUCAAGUCUCGAAGCCAGUGCCGAGCCAGCCGUUGGCGCAUGGUUAACAAUACCGUCUCCUCAUGAGCAUGACCAUGUCCACAAACGGCGGAAUAGCUGUUCACAAUCCAGAACGAGCUCGCUCGAUAAACACAGUCACGCAACAGAGAUAACAGGUGCCAUUAGUCCACCAACCCCACCACAAACCACACCUACAGAAGUGGAAAAUAUCACCCGUAAACUUUCUACUAGAUUUAAGCAGAAGGAUCACUCACCCGUACAACCCAAACAAGUUUUCGGCACUCGAGAAGAGCUCCAGAAAAGCAAACAAGACUACACCUCGCAACUCGGACUCUCAGCGCGGAGCGGCGUUGCGGAACUUGCACAGCGAAUUGAACAAAAAGCAAAUAAAGAUCUAGAUGAUCCUUAUCGAGUGACUCGCACGCCGAGUAUCAGCAGCAAGGGAAGUAUUGGCAGCAAGAAGAAGAAUUGGAGGUUGAAACUUGUGGAUUGGAAUCCAGAGGGUCGGAAAAAGAGGGGCGAGGAACAUCGCUUGAGUGAUGAUGAGGUUGUAAGUGAAAUGGAGAAGGAAAGCUAUAAGGCUAUGCCGUCUGUUUCGACGGCUACGACUGACUGGACGAAUUUGACCCACGGUGGCGAGAGUGAGAUUAAGGAUGAGGGAAAAGACGAAGAGAAUAAAAUCAAGACGCCGAAGGAACCUGGCAAGGAACAUAAUUUGAGUGUGGAUGAGGUUGUACUGGAGGAUUUUGUGAUGGAGCAUGAACAUGAUUGUGUCCAGAAGAAGAGGUUGGAGGAGGUUGGUACUAGCAGAGUGGUCAAGACUGAAAUUGGAGAGGAGAAGGAUCUGGGGAUCUUGGGUAUCACAAUCCUGGUGCAUCUUGCUGGACGAGAGGACUUGGUUGCCAGAGUUGGGAAUUGGACGGGCGGUGAGUUGAAGAGCGAGGCGUAAUGCUUUUGUGGUUGAAAAGGUUGGAGAAAGUGACCAACAGGCUUGAGUUAGGCUAGAUCAGAAUGUAAUGAACU